AUGCCUGACUCUACCGAUGACUGCAAGUCGGUCUCUCCAAGUUGUCCUAUCGAGGACACCGUCUACGGCUACGCUCCAAAUCUUGGUGGCAAUGCUUUCUACGCCCUUGUGUUCGCCAUCUGUGCCCUAAUUCAGUGCUAUCAUAUCUGCCGGUUCUGGCGGUCUUGGAAAACAUUUUCCAUACUGACAUUCGUUGGCUGUUGCGGUGAAUGCUGCGGCUACGUUGGCCGCUUGUUUCUACACAAGAAUCCGUGGAAUGGUGCGGCGCUACCAAUACAGCUGGUACUUCUGAUGGUCUCGCCUUCCUUCCUGGCGGCAGCGUUGUACACAACACUGAGAGCACUUGUACGCCAUUUUGGCCCAGAACACACGAGACUCCCGGAACGGUUCUGGACAUGGCCAUUCGUCACGGCUGAUCUUGUGGGAUUCUUCUUGCAAUGUAGUGGCGGUGUCGUGGCGGCUGCUGGCGACAAGAAUCCAAGCCUGGCGUCUGUUGGUAACGCCAUUAUGAUUUUCGGCGUUUCGUUUCAAGCUGUCAUUAUGGUACUUGCGGGUAUUCUAUCAGCCGACUUUACCAUACGUAUUUGCAAGCGACAUGGGACGGGUGUAUUUACGGCUCUGCAGAAAAAUCUCAAGAUUUUUCUGUUAGGAAUGACGGCGGCUUUCCUCUUGAUUUUGACAAGAUGCAUUUAUCGUAUCCCUGAAUUGGCUGGCGGUGUUGGCGGACACCUCAUGCGACAAGAAGUCGAGUUUAUGAUCUUCGAUGGCUUGUUGAUUUUACUGUCGGCCAUUCUCCUAUCCGCCGUACAUCCAGGCUUUUACGCCGUCGCCCUACAGGACUUUAAAGCCCACGUUUACGAAUUACAACCUUCGCUAGUCCCUACUGAUAGGUCAAACACGUAUGACAUCUUAAAUAGGGUCAGUUGA